AGGUUAUCAGGGUUUAUAUAUCCAGAUGUCUGUCUCAAAAUCUCUACGAUCUCUUCCUGAGUCUACUAAGCAGGUCUACGACUAUGUAGUUGUUGGUGGCGGUAGUGCCGGCUGUGUGAUGGCCAAUCGUCUCUCAUCGAACCCCAAUGUACGAGUGGCCCUACUAGAGAUCGGCUCAGAUGACAACACACCGCUCAUCCGCAAUCCCAGUGGUUUCUUCUGGACUGUUCCUUACAGUAGAAAGUAUAACCACCGAUACUUUACUACACCUCAGAAGCAUUGUAAAGGAAGAAACAUGUUUCAGCCCCGGGGCCGUGGUAUUGGCGGCUCCUCUGCUAUUAAUGCCAUGGUAUACAUUCGCGGACUAAAGUAUGAUUUUACUAACUUGUGGGCUGGUGAAGGUAAAUGUCAAGGCUGGGAGUGGGAGAAUGUGUUACCAAUCUUUAAGCAGUUGGAAUGUAACGAUUCUCUCAAGAAUGAUCCAUACCACGGCACUGACGGACCCGUCAAGGUUCGAACGCAAGGACAUAUUGGACCAUACAGCGAGCGCAUCGUCAAAGCAGGGAAUGAGUUAGGAUGGAAAACAACCAAAGACUUUAAUGGUGAGGAUCAAUCUGGAGUAGGGUAUUAUCAAUAUACGCAGUCCAAAGGUGGGCGCUGUAGCACUGGUGUUGCCUUUUUAACACCAGAGGUACGGUCUCGUCCAAAUCUAGAUGUUAUCGUUGACGCUCACACCACAAAGGUACUCACAGAAGGCAAACGUGCGACUGGGGUGCAUGCAGUGGUAUCAGGUAGCUCUGAUGCUACCAAGCCCGUAACAUUCGAAGCAAAGAAUGACGUUAUCCUCUGCGGUGGUGCAUUCAACAGCCCACAGUUACUUAUGCUGUCAGGAAUUGGCCCUAAGGACCAGCUAAACAAGCACGGAAUUGAAGUAGUACAUGAAUUGCCGGGAGUGGGGCAAAAUCUUCAGGAUCAUGCCGACAUCUGUGUGAAUGCGAAAACUUCGAGAAUAAGUAUGCCGCUACAAAUCGGACUCACUAACGUACCAAGUCAAAUUAAGCACUUCUUUCUAGCAAUUUUCAAAAAAGAGGGGGUAUUCAUGGGAGACAACCAAAUGGUCGGCUCAUUCUUUAAAAGCAAGCCUGACAUUCCCGCAAACGAUAUUCAAAUGCAUGUCGCACCCUUCUACUACAAGGACCAUGGUGCUACUUUAAGAUACGGUGGCGGUAUCUCAAUCAAAUCGUGUUAUAUGCGGCCCGAGUCUCGCGGCACGGUCGCUCUAAAUUCGGCGAACCCAAUGGAGGGACCACUCAUUGACCCCAACUAUUACGAUGUGCCCGCCGACUUUGACCCCAUGGUGGCUGCAGUACGAAAAAGCAUCGAGCUAAUUCAAACAAACACCCUACAAGAAGAUAACCUGGUGGUCAGUGGAUUCGGUGAUAAGGAUGUUAACAACCUCACCGAUAGCGACAUUAAGGAAUAUCUGCGUGAAAAUACCGAAUCCAUCUACCACCCAGUGUCUACCUGCAGAAUGGGUCCUUCAUCAGACCCCAUGGCAGUAGUGGAUCACUCUAAUGGUCUUAGAGUACACGGCAUGGAAGGUCUAAGGGUGAUCGAUGCUUCGGUGAUGCCUACAGUAGUAUCUGGAAACACCAAUGCACCCACCAUGGUGAUAGCUCAGAAAGCAUACAAUCAGAUGAUUGGUCAAGAUAGAGUUGUCGAUAUUAGAUGCACCACUGGCAGCUGCUAGAAUGUAAAUUUGUGUUGGGAAAAUGUAUAUAAUAUACCGCAUAAAAAAUAAACGAGUGAUGCUGGAAGC